AUGGCUAAUCAGCAAGCCACUUCGUUCGAUGUCCCCUUGGAUGAGUUUAUUCUAGAAUUCUCUGCCGCCGUGUUCGAGUUUGAUUCAGCAUCCAAAUUAUUGGUUGAACAGUUUCUAGCACAAGAUACUCAAGUAGAAUCUGAUUCGAGCGCCGCAGUAUCAUUACAAACAGAAUGGCCAUCAAAUCCGCCUCCGUUCUCAGAGUCUUUAUUCCCUCCCACAGAUUGGAGCCAUCAGAGUAAUCACCAAUCAAGCGCGCAUCCCUCCUCCCCCACCCCCUUUCACCCUUGGCUGACUACCACUAAUCCACACAACUCGUCUUGGACAUCAUCGAGAGCGCCCGUAUUUAAAAGCAAUUAUCCCUCUUCCUUCAUGGAACCAUUGUCUGGUAACGACACACAAAGCCGAUGGGGUUCAACUCACGAUCCAACAUUGUCGGAAUUCUCUUCUCCAAUUCCGGCAUGUAAGCUCCCAAUGCUAUCGGGGACUACGGAAGAACUGGCGGUUCCAUCAAUACAAGAUGCAUGGAUGACUACUAAUGAGGUGGAAGCUGGCAUCUACGACAACCGUCCUUAUAGGCAGUUGUCGCGCACUCCAAUCUCAAGCAAUCGAGAUGUAAACAAAUACUCAGCCUUCUCUAACACAUUAGGAGAAGGUUUGGAGUAUCACUUAGAAUCCACUGACAAUAGGCAAACUGUCACGGAUCCACGCUCCAGGGAUUCCCCUGUCGAGCAAAGUCGCAGCGAGCCCAAUGCAAAUGGAAGCAGGGAGCACCUGGCUUCUAUGGAUUCAGCAUACAAUGGUCUAUAUGCACUGACCAAUGCCCUGGGUAGCCACUCCAGGGCAUAUGAAUCCAUGGAAAAGCCACAUGGUACCAAAACCGAGGCAUGGACAAACACAUCCAUGGACCUGCCCCUCGCAUCGGAGCAGCCAACUGCAAACACGUCCCAAGUCCGAGGUCACAUCCCCAACUGCAUGGGGGGCCUCGGCGUCAGCGUCACUCCGACUAAAGUUGCAGAAGGGGACAUUGGCGGGUACACGAGAGCAAUACUAAAAUCUGAAUACCGUGCAAGCCGUCCUUCCGUGCGGGCCUAUGGAGAGACUACAGAGAAUGAGGGGGACGUCGAGGGGUCGAGCCGGUAG